UGGGAGGUGAAAAUAAGGCGGUUGUGGCGGGAGGGAGAGAUUUAGCGCGGUUGCCCCCUUUCCUAAGCACAGAGAGACUGUGCCCAAUUCCCGUCCCAAACCAUCCUGGGAACUUUUGCGGUCCUGCAGAUUGAAGACUUAAAUCCAAGGUCAUGGCAAAACAUCUGAAGUUCAUUGCCAGGACUGUGAUGGUACAAGAAGGGAACGUGGAAGGUGCAUACAGGACUCUAAACAGAAUCCUUACCAUGGAUGGGCUCAUUGAGGACAUAAAGCGACGGCGGUAUUAUGAGAAGCCUUGCCGUCGGCGACAGAGGGAAAGCUAUGAAACCUGCCGGCGGAUCUACAACAUGGAAAUGGCUCGCAAGAUCAACUUCUUGAUGCGAAAGAAUCGGGCGGAUCCAUGGCAGGGCUGCUGAGGCCUGUGGUUAGGAGGCCCACUAUGAAAACCCUUACCAGUUGUCUGCACCUCUUUUCUUCCUCCAAUCCCAUUUACCUUUCUUAAAAUAAACUCAAUCACAUAUAUACAAGAAGCAAUUCCACUAGUCAGCUGUGGAUACUCUCUUUCAUUAAGUCAAAAGACAAACUGAGUCAAAAAGUAGUCUAGGGAUAGAAUCUUGGUUGCCAAGGGCUGGUUUGACAGGAGGGGGAUGGGAAAUUAUUGUUUAAUGAGUGUGAGUUUCAGUUUGGGAAGAUGAAAAGGUCUGGAGAUGGAUGAUGGUGGAACUUGCACAACAAUGUGAAUGUAUUUAAUCCCAUGGAAUUGUACGCUUAAAUGACCAAUUAUGGUAAAUUUUAUGUUUUGUAUAUUUUACUGUAGUUUUUUAAAAAGCAGUCUUGAGGUGGGAAAUUUUUCUCAAAUGUAGUAGAGUAUAUCUCCCAUGUUCUAACUCAUUUUUAUGAAACUCAAAGCAAGAUCUCAUGACUGGAAAAGGAUCUAGUCCUCUUUACUGAACUGCCUUCCAACUGUUGGCAGGCAGUUCAGUAGAGGGAGAGGAGGCAUGAAUGUAUUUAGAGGAAGUUCUACUUCUGAAACACCCAUCAACCAGAGGAGUAGAGAGCUGAAACCCUUCCCCAGAAGAAUCUUUAAGACAGUCUUAACAUUUACCCCUGUUUUGUCGUUUCUUUAGUUUUCCUAAAGGAAGCUAAUGGAGGGUUGGUCGAAAUGAAAGCAGUAGAUGGAUGGUAGGAAAGAAGGAAUGGGGGAGUGUUAAGAGAAAGCCAGAAAAACCUACAGUGGUGGUUCUCAAAAUGCGAUCUUCAAAUCAGCAGCAUCACCUGAAAAACAGCUUGAAAUGUAAGUUUUAGACCUACUUUAGACCUUCUGAAUUGGAAAUUGAGGUUGGAGCCCAGCAGUCUAUUUUAACAAGCCCUGCAGGUGAUUCUGAUGCCUGAUAACAUUUGAGAAUCAUUGCCCUAUAGUACUCAAAAGAGAUUCCAGGUGGAGGUUCUGACUGCCACCCCUCCCUCUCCUCAGCAGGCACUUCCAGGUGAGAGCUGGGGCAGCUGACCACUAUCGGAAGACCAGCUGCUCUGCUUCCUCUCCUGUUGUGUUUUUUCUGACCUUGGUCCCCUGACAGUCAUGCCUGCUAGUGCAAAGACAGUUAGUGCCAAACCCCGUAGAAAGCAAAGGGUAGUCACCUCUCCUGACCCUGACUGGAGCCCUCUCAGCAUUGAAAAGUUAAGAGCAAACUGCCUCACCUCCGACCUCUCCACAUCACUAGUGCUCAAACAUUGCCCCCUUGUGGUACAGCAGCAUGACUUCAGAUUUCUUCUGAUUUUAAUUCUGUCUGUUUUUUCUCGUUUUCACGAUAACCAUAUUUAUUGAUUAAAUAUGUGAUGAAACAGUUUUAUACAAUCUCAUUUUCAUAAGAAAUAUUUAUACUUCUGAAUCUGAUUG